AAGGCUGGAAAUACUGGGCAACCCUCUAGGCCAGCUGAAAGUUAGGUAGGUAGUAAGCCCAGCACAGUUAGUGUGAGCAUUACAGCACGUUUAGCGUUGCCGCUUAUGGGAUUAGGGCGAGGUCCUGGUAGAGGUAACUGGUACCGCUAAGGCUCGUCGCGUCAACACUGGGAACCAUUUUAGAGAGCACCCUGGCUAAUGAACACGCGGAUAUCGCCUGCAAGCACUCACGAUAGCAUCUGCCUUGCCGUGCUUGCGAUCUUGACUGAGAUUCGGAUCUUAAUUACAGCUCCUACUAAUUCUGAUUGCGCAGGGACGGGCGGUAAUCGAUUGGAUACAGGGCUGUAUUCGUCACAUGACGCGGGCGUAGAGGGCAUGGUCCUAUUCCAUGCACACCUUCAGACAUAUCGUCCCUUACAACUUCUUGACUCUACAUGGUGGGGUGGAAUCAAAGAGAGUACAGCGUAGAAAAUGAAUGAGACGAAGAAGAGUUCCAUGAAGGGAGCUUCGGAGAGAAGUGAGUGGUCCU